CGCGCGAUUUAAGGCAUAGGUGUCGCCGAGCCCGGAGGCUGCGAGUAACCUGGAGUGAGGGGGAGAGUACCGAGCAACGCGGCGGGGGGUGCAGGAAGAGGGCAGGCUAGGCGGGAAGGUGGGCUCCGGACUCCAGGAGCGGGGGGACCCAGGCGCCACCGCCGCCACUAGCGGGGAGCAGCGGGAGGAGGGGGCCGCAGUCGGAAGAGAGGAUCCCACCAUGCCCAAAGUCUUUUUGGUGAAGAGGAGGAGCCCGGGAGUCUCUGUCCGCAGCUGGGAUGAGCUCCCGGAUGACAAAAGGGCAGACACUUACAUCCCAGUGAGCCUGGGCUGUCUGCUCCGCGACCCGCCCGAAGACUGCCGCAGCGACGGCGGCAGUAGCAGCGGCUGCAGCAGCAGCGCCGGGGAGCCCGGAGGGGCCGAAAGCAGCUCGUCCCCGCGCGCGCCGGAGCCUGAAACUCCAGAGCUUCACGACGCCCAAGGCACCGAUGGACAUCUGGCAGCGAUGCAGCGCCCGGUUGCCAGGUCAAAAAUCAAGUUUACCACCGGCACAUGCGACAACUCUGUGAUUCACAACUGUGACCUUUGUGGCAAGAGCUUCCGCCUGCAGCGCAUGCUCAACCGUCACCUUAAGUGCCACAACCAGGUAAAGAGGCACCUGUGCACCUUCUGCGGCAAGGGCUUCAAUGACACCUUCGACCUGAAGAGGCACGUACGCACGCACACUGGCAUCCGCCCCUACAAAUGUGAGGUGUGUAACAAGGCCUUCACCCAGCGGUGUUCCUUGGAGUCCCACCUAAAGAAGAUCCACGGGGUACAGCAGCAGUAUGCCUACAAGCAGCGUCGCGACAAACUCUACGUGUGUGAGGAUUGCGGCUACACGGGCCCCACCCAGGAGGACCUGUAUCUGCAUGUGAACAGUGACCAUCCAGGGAGCACAUUUCUCAAAAAGACUUCCAAAAAGUUGGCGGCCCUUAUGCAGAACAAGCUGACGUCCCCGCUGCAGGAGAAUUCCACCCUGAGUGAAGAGGAGGAAAAAAAGUGAAGAGCGAGCAAGAAAAAGCAGAGGAGAGACGCCGGCGCCACGUUUACUCCGACUUAUGGUCUGAGGCGUACCCCUCUGCUCCCCUGGAUCUUUUCAUAUUCAGUCCACCUCUCUCUUCUUUUGGGACAGCAACAGUAAGAAGCACCCCAAAGUUGUCAGUCAUUCUGCCACAACAGGCCCUGUGAAUUGUUUCUUGGUGGCUGAGGUCACAUACGGGUUUCUGUGUGUAUGUGUGUCUGUCUGUCUGUCUGUUAUGUGUGGGUUUUUUUUUGUUUCCUAGUAGAAUUUUCACGUAUGAAUAGAGAGAGGUGUUCUUAAAGAGACUGUCAUCUUAAGGUGCCUUGAAAUGCUUCCCAUGCAAGGAAAAUGUAUAUUCUUCUGAAAGAGUUUACAGAAAUUAUUUUAAUAAAUGAAAUGUUCGUGUGAAA